ACAUACACUAUAUUGUCAAAAGUAUUGGCACACCUCUCCAAAUCAUUGGAUUCAGGUGUUCCAAUCACCUCCAUGGCCACAGGUGUAUGAAGAUUGCUUCUACAAACAUUUGUGAAAGAUUGGGUCGCUCUCAGGAGCUCAGUGAAUUCAAGCGUGGUACUGUGAUAGGUUGCCACCUGUGCAAUAAGUCCAUCCGUAGAAUUUCCUUGCUACUAAAUAUUCCACGGUCAACUGUUAGUGGUAUAACAAUGUGGAAGCAACUGGGAACAACAGCAACUCAGCCAUGAAGUAGUAGGCCACGUAAAAUGACAGAGCGGGGUCAGCGCAUGCUGAAGCGCACAGUGCGCAGAAGUCGCCAACUGUUUGCAGAGUCAAUAGCUAAAGACCUCCAAACUUCAUGUGGCCUUCAGAUUAGCAUAACAACAGUACAUAGAGAGUUUAAUGGAAAGGGGUUUCCAUGGCCAGCAUCUGCAUCCAAGCCUUGGAAUAAAGUAAAAUAAAG